CUAUAUACCGCCAUAUUGUUUGCGACAAAUCGUGAUUGUGCUCUGGUCUAUCUUGUACGUGGUCUCGUGGAGUUUUUCUCUUGUUCGGUGAGCCCCAUUGGGAAAAUUUGCAAACAUUUCGCGAAAAAGCAACAUGAAGAAAACGAAGGACGUAUCAGACGAGGAUGAAUAUUCCGCAGAUGAUCCGGAAGAAGUAGAAGGAGCCUCUGAAGAAGAGUGGACUCCAGAAGCCGGAGCUGAAAGUGGUGCUAAAAAGAGGCCACAAAGGGAAGCUGCUAAAAAACGGCAACACUCAGAAGAAGAAGAAGAUGAAGAAGAAGAAGAAGAUGAGGAAGAUGAUGAUGAAGAGGAUGACGAAUCUGAUUCAGAUACAGGAAAGAAACCCAAAAGAAAAAGGCGGUCUAAGAAAGAAGAAGAUGAAAAAGAAGACGAAGAUGAAGAAGACUCCGAUGAUAAUAGCUUCAAUGAAUCGUCGGGAGAAACACCAAAAGAUUUUACCUCUGGUGCAUUCGUUGUGGCAAAAGCUGACAUUGGUGGAAAUACGGAUCCAACAUUGUGGAGGAUAGAUGGGAAGGCAUUACUUCAAAAGUUUCUGCCAUUCAAAGAAGAUGGGAAAACGUUAUAUAAAAGCACAUCGACGUAUUCUGGAUGGUCAGUAAAUAACAAAGAUAAAUACUUAGCAGCCCAAGUAACUUUCAAAGUGCAAAGUAGAACAGAAACCAUUGUUGAACUUCACCUUGAUCAACAUCAACAAGAAGUUGUAAAAGAAGAAAAAGAAGACUAAAUAUAGAUCAUGUUUGAUCAUAUUUGUUUAUAUACAUUUUAAGGUAUGCUAAGGAAGAAUACAUUUACAAUCACAGGUACACAUCAACAUUACAGACAUAUUACGUAAAUACGUGGAUGCAGUUUACAAAAUGAUAUCCUAGCAGAUUCGUGUUUAAAAUAAGAUUGAGUGGACCAUGGAUCUCAGUUCUUUACUAAGGGUAGCUUUACAUAUAAUUGACAAUUUUAUGAGCUGUUUGUGUAUGUUUCAAUUGAUAAAAGUUAUCAAACAAUUUCAAACAUUAUUUGUUUCCGUAAAAAAUAUGAUAUCCACUCAUAUUUCGUAUUUUAUAAAUUCGACGUGUCUAAAAUUUCUUGUUUAGACUGCAUGUUACUUUCAAAAUAUUAUUGUAUUGCUUACAAUAUUGGUAAUAAUCUUGAUAUACAAAUUUCGGCGUAGUUUUAAUUGCAAAAUUUAUUCGAUCCUCUGUUGCACUUUAAAUAAUUCAAUGUCCCAGUUAUAAGAACACCUUCAGUAACUAGAUUUCGUGUUAUGUUUAGUCGUUGAAAUAAAAAACUUUAGAUAUAGAAAAUAAA